AUGGAUGCCAGUAAGAAUGUCGGCUCUGAUGGGCUAAAGAAAAUCUGCAAUUACUGCAAGAAAAACGUCAGUACGGGCUUGUGUUGUGUUACCUGUGAAUCUAUGUAUCAUAGUAGCUGUGCAAAAAGAGUAAAUUCUUGUUGUGAAGUGAUUCUCAGCACGAAAUUCCAGGCACCAGAUUAUGACUCAGAUACACUCUCUGAAACAAGCUAUCUGAGGGAAGAAAACAAACUCCUAAGGCAGAUAAUCAUGGACAAGGACACAAUCAUCAGGAACAAAGACACACUCAUUGCACUUUUAUCUGAAAAAAUCAUACUCCUGGAAAAUAACCCAUCUUUAAAGUUCAUAGAAGCAUCAACUAAUCAACCUGAUCACAAAAAAACUGCCCAAAGUAACUCUAAUCUCCCUAAUGAUACAAAAAAAGACCAAAGUAAAAACAACCGAGCAUCUAUGAAAUCCAAUAACAACAAAAAACUAUCAAACAAUAUUUUAAGUCCAGGCAUACAGGGUGAUACAUCAGAUAAGAGUAAUUCGAACUUACAAUUACUGGAAGUCCAAACAAUGAAAAAAUUUGAUGAAAUCAUUAACCUGAUUAACGAUACUUACCCAAAUCCCCCUGGUACCUCUAUAGACAACUCCUGGAAUUCAGUAACUUAUAAAAAAAUAAAAAAAAGUAAUACAUCUUCACAACUACCUACUGCUAAAUCAUAUGGCACAGGACAUCCUAGUGAUCUACUCACAGUUGCUCCUGAACGGAACUGGAUAUGGAUUGGUGGACUAGACUAG